AUGGGAGAGCUUCAUGUCCGCUCCGUUCUGGUGACUGGAGCCAACCGAGGAAUUGGCCUGGGGUUUGUCCGGCACCUGCUGGGGCUGCCAAACCCACCCGAGUGGGUCUUUGCAGCCUGUCGGGACCCCAAGGGACAGCGAGCACAGGAGCUGCAGAACUUGGCUUCCAAGCACCCCAACCUGGUCAUCAUCCCACUCGAAGUCACUGAGUCCGCCAGCAUCAAGGCGGCUGCAGCCAGCGUCGGGGAGCGCCUUAAGGACUCAGGUCUCAACCUCCUCAUCAACAAUGCUGGGAUUGGAAAUAACAGUUCUCUUGACAACGUGACACAGGAGGACAUGUCCCAGGUGUACACCACCAACACCAUUGGGCCCCUGCUGCUGAGCCAGGCAUUCCUGCCCCUGCUGAAGAAGGCUGCCCAGGGGAGCCCGGGCACGGGGCUGAGCUGCAGCAAGGCAGCCAUCAUCAACAUGUCCAGCUAUGCUGGCUCCAUUCAGGAUGUCUAUCUCUGGGAGUACGGACAAGCUCUCUCAUAUCGCUGCAGCAAGGCUGCUCUGAACAUGCUCACCAAGUGCCAGUCCUUGGGCUACCGGGAACACGGCAUCCUCUGUGCUGCUUUCCAUCCUGGCUGGGUGAAAACAGACAUGGGAGGCACAAUAGAAGAUAAGACCCGUGUGACAGUGGAUGUGAGUGUGCGAGGGAUGCUGAAUGUGAUCUCCUCCCUCUCUGAGAAGGACACCGGGACCUUCCUCGACUGGGAAGGGAAAGUUGUGCCCUGGUAA